UUUAAGAGGGGUGAUAAGUUUGAUAGGCAGACAUCAAAUUCCCCGUCACGCAGUACUGUACAGCCAAACUAGGUCGCUAUUAGUUUCUUGUUGAUGACAUAGUUUGCUCAAUCCUAGAGCUAGAUUCACACACUCCGCCACUAUAAAAUUUAUUACUCCCCUUCGUCGUGGUUGCCUUUAUCGUUCGCCUGUCUCUCUUGGGAACUUGAGUUUUGCUGCUGAGAUUUGACCAUGGGUAAUGCUUCUUCGAUGUUGACUCAAUAUGAUAUUGAGGAUGUUCAAGACCACUGCGACCAUCUCUUUGCACAGCAGGAAAUAGUGUCACUGUAUCAGAGGUUCUGCCAACUUGAUCGGAAUUCAAAGGGUUUUAUAUCAGCUGAUGAGUUUCUCUCUGUGCCAGAGUUCGCAAUGAAUCCACUUUCUCAGAGAUUGCUUAAGAUGGUGGAUGGCUUGAACUUCAAGGACUUUGUGGCAUUUUUAUCAACUUUCAGUGCUAAAGCCAGUGUGGCACAGAAAAUUGAACUUAUCUUCAAAGUAUAUGAUUCUGAUUGCAACGGGAAGGUGACUUUUGAUGACAUAAUGGAAGUGCUUCGGGAUUUAACUGGAUCAUUCAUUUCUGACAAGCAAAGAGAGGAAGUGUUGAGCCAGGUCUUGCACGAGGCUGGUUAUACAAGGGACUCAUUACUGCUGUUGAAUGACUUCAUUAAGAUCUUGGACCACCCUGGUUUGAAGAUGGAGGUUGAAGUACCAAUUGACUAGUUACACCUGCGAUUUCAUUUACUACAAUUCAGAUGUCUCUGUGUACACAUCUUGUUGAAUUCGUGCACCCUGCAAUCUCCUGCUGUAUUUUUUUUCCGUUUACUCUCUUUCUAUUUCCUCUCCCCCUUUGUGGGCGCAGGGACAGAAACAGAGAAACCACCGUGUAAUUAAAGAUAAAAACUUGCAGUUUAUUCAAAAAGAUCUAGAGUAUGCUAUAA